UUUUUUUUUGGGGUGCUGUGCUAUCUGUGAUCGGAUCUGUGAAUGGACCCUUUGAAGACGUCUGUUAGAUCCCUCCAGUUAAUAAUCCCAAUCACUCUUGCAGAUCUCAAAAAUGCUCAUCGAUGAAGUGAACUAAAUCUACUUUUACCCUUUCAGAAGUUUUCAUAUGCCACCUUUUUGCAUGGCUAAUCUUCCAAAAACCAAGAACAUACUAGAGUAAUUUAUGUGAGAUCACAAUCUCCGAGUUGGUAUCCAAGUGUUUUUCUUUUUCGUGGUGGUUUUUUUUAUCCAUUUAACAAUUAACAGUAGCGAAUUUUUAGGUCUAUAAAUAAAUUUUCACUCAAAAUAAUUAACAUGCCGACGUGGUUUAACUUAAUACCUUAAAUUUAUUUUACAAUAAAAAUAAUUUAGCAUUUCUCUUAACCGUCUAUAUCAGUUUCAUUUCUACCGUCCUCGUUGACUUGUUUUCUUUGCAGGAUAUAAUAAUGAUAGAGUUGUAGCCUCUAGGGCCUCAAGACUAGGAAAAUUUAUUUUGAAACUAACAUUCUUCCACAUAAUGUCUCUCUGUUUUUAGGAGAGACGAGGCAGGCACUCUCGACAUAUUUUAAAAUGUUAAGAUUUGAUUCUUCAUCUCUUGUCCAUUUUCAGUGUCUCUCCAUCUGUCUCUUAACCCCUUUAUAUACGUGCACUCCUGGCCCAGCUGCUCUCUACACACUCAAAUUGCUCCUGUCGCGGCAUUUCUAGCUAGCGCACACAACAGAAGAAAGAAGAUGAGGGUAGACAUUCAGGGAAAGCUCCGGCUGGCUCUUGGCUCCGUAAAGGAUCAUGCAUCAGUCGGAAAGGCCAUGAUACACAAUCACCACGAUGGCUUUUCCGAUAUAGAGAUUGCAGUCCUGCGUGCCACCGGCCAUGAUAAUUGCCCCGUUGACGACCAGCACAUGCAUGAAAUCCUCUUCCUUGUCUCUAACUCUCCCGGAUCCAUCCCUUUUCUAGCUGAACGAAUUUCUCGUCGUCUUUGCAAAACGAGAGACCGCACGGUGGCCCUGAAAACACUUGUUCUGAUCCAUCGCCUCCUGCGCGGAGGCAACCGUAGCUUCGAGAAACAGCUAUGCGGCGCACAUGUAUCGGGCCAUCUCCAAAUGAGUACCCGUUGUUUUACCAAGAAUGCUGACCCUUCGUUUUGUUUCUUACACAAAUAUGCAGCAUACCUGGAAGAAAGGAUGGGCUGGCUCAUCAACCAAGCAGGCAAACUUGAACCCGUUGUGCCUAAAGGCUUGGAGUUUCGAUAUUAUGAAAAGAAGUCAAUCGGCAUGGUAUUUCGUAAAUUGCCAAAAUAUCAACUACUUCUAGAUAGGGUCCUAGAUUGUUCACCAGUGGAUGUCUUGCCUUCUGAUAACCUGGCUCAAGCAGCUAUGAGCAACACCUUGAAAGAGAGCUUUCAACUAUACUUGACACUUUGUGAAGGCGUUGCGGCUCUUGUUAACAUGUUCUUUGAUUUAACAAGGCCGGCGAGGGCUUUAGCCUGUGACAUGCUCAAGAAGGCUUCCCAUCAAAGUCAAAAGCUUCAUGAUUUGUACGAGAAUUCCAAAAGGAUUAUUGAAAACAAGAACUUGGAGUACCCUUCGGUUCAAAUUAUCACCAUGGAGCAAAUUAUGGCAUUGGAACAAAGCUUUGCCUGUUCACAAAACCUCCAACGUCCGGCUAUGAUCUCCCAUGGCUCUGUAUUCUGCAAGACUACUGGUGGUUCAGCUGCUCAUGUCUUGGGCUGUAUAUCAAAAUCAACCAAAACCCAAGUGGCAACAGCAGCGAAAGAAGGCAAAAUGAAUGAGAACAACAACAACGAUAUUAGUUCUUCUUCAAGUACUCUCUUCUCAUGCGCACUGGAGACCAAAAUAAGCAUGGUAUGGGUUGUGUUUGAUGAAGAUGAUCCCAACCAAUCACAAGGAUCACUAGGCAAGACUCUUCGAUUGUAAGGUACUUUGCGAUCUUUCUGCCCAGCGUAUGUAAUCUAGGGGCUGUGCAUAUUAAUGAGAUUAAUGAACACUUUUGACCAUGGUUUUUCUAAACCCGUUUACAAGCAUGGUGCCCGAGCUAUAUAUGAACUCCGAUCAACCAAGAAGUUAUUGUUCAUAAUACGAGUGACCUUACUGGCUUGGUGCAUUCAUGAACGCAAUUAAUUUUCCGCUGUUCUUGUACUUUUAAUCGGAGUAUACGUUCUUGCAUGGUACUUGCUUCUCGAUUCAAAGGGGGAAUUUGAGGGUGCAUGUUUGAGCAAUGAAUAU